CCCGCCCAUACCCUCUGUCGCCCAACUCUCGCCCGCCAAAUAUCCCCCAAGCAUACACCCGACGGCUAACGGCCAGCAUGGCAGACACCCCGCCCAACGAGAAUGUGGGAGAGGCCGUGCCUUCAGCACAGAAGAGCAGCUGGGCAACGUUCCUCAAGUCCAUUGCAUCCUUCUCAGGCGAUCUGUCUUCGUUGACGGCCCCGCCCUUCAUUCUUUCGCCCAUUUCACUCACUGAAUUCCCUGCGUACUGGUGUGAACGGCCAGAACUGUUCUCCGCUAUCGCUGACGCUCAAAGCAAUGAGGAGCGGUCGAUUUUAGUGCUUAAGUGGUUCAUAAGUACUCUUAAAGGACAAUAUACCUCGCGGAACGAGAAGCUCGGUUCUGAGAAGAAACCACUCAACCCUGUCCUUGGCGAACUUUUCUACGGCUAUUGGCCGGAUGUCAACGGUCGUGGCCAGACGAACCUCGUGGUCGAGCAGGUCUCGCACCAUCCGCCGAUCACAGCAUACUACAUAGAGAACCCACAGAAAGGCAUCUCAUUGCAAGGACAUAGUGCACAGAAGACCAGCUUCAGCGGCGGGAGCAUUAUCGUGAAACAAAUUGGGCACGCGAUCCUCACGGUGAACCUUCCAAAUGGCGAGAAGGAAGAGUUCUUGAUCACGCUGCCCCGUCUGCGGAUCGAUGGCCUGUGGUACGGCUCGCCGUACAUCGAGCUGAGUGAGACAAGCUAUAUCCAGAGCUCGACUGGCUGGCUCUCGACUAUCGAGUACAAGGGCAAGGGUUAUUUCUCCGGUAAAUCGCACACAUUCAAGGCGACGCUGUCGCGGCCAGGAUCGACCCAGGCGUCGCAAACAUAUGAGGGCUUGUGGCACGAGACAUCGAAGAAUGUGCGCACGGGCGAGCUUUUCACGGACGUGACAACGCCGAAGGAGGAGGUGACGACGGUGCCGGUCGAGGAGAUGGACGAGUGGGAGAGCCGCCGCCUCUGGCGCUGGGUCGCGAAGGGCAUCCGCGACGGCGACUUUGAGACUGCGAGUCGAGAGAAGAGCAAGAUCGAGAAUGAGCAGAGGCAGAGGAGGAGAGACGAACAGGCCGCGGGCACGUCGUGGGCGCUCAAGCACUUCGAUCACAUUGACUCUGACCCGAUCUUCGAACACCUGGGCAGGCUCUUCAAGGCGAACCCGCCCACGGAAGACACAUACGUCUACCGGCACAACCGCAAUCCGGGGCCAGAGAAGGCGUGAGGGCCGGCUUCGGCUUCAACUCCACAGUGUCUGCAUUUACCAGGCGAUGAGCCUGUAGUCUAGAUUUGUAUUGAUAUAAUCAACCUCGUGGCGUCAUCAUCGCGCUGCGACUGAUCCUCAUGCC